UCUCCAUGUCUGCAUGUGUAUUCAGAGUAACCUACCUAUGUAGGUAGGUAGGUCAAGAUAGUAUAGUAAGAAGUUAGCGGGAAGAGAUCGGCCUGUCUCGAAGCCACACGCCGCCAUACAUUCUCUCUCCCUUACCAUAAUAAGUAAGAUGUAUCCGCGCGGAAUGUUUAUGCAUUUUUCUCGUCUUCUCUAGCAUCAACCCUCCCUCGUCUCGUCGUUGCCUUUCCUCUCGACCGGUCAAGAUGAAGCGGUUUAGUUGCGCCCUGAUCUCUGCCUUUGGCUUGCUUGCUACUGCAAGCCCGGUUCCGGCUACUCACUUUGAGAUUAGCAAUGGCAGCACGGUUACCGCAGCCGACGUCUCGACGCUGAAAUUCUUCUCUCAGUAUGCCGGGGCAAGCUACUGCAAUAGUGAGGCGGACUUAGGUUCUACUGUCACUUGCGCCGAAAACACCUGCCCGGAUGUCACUUCUGCGGGUGCUAAGGUGGUAGCAACCUUCUCUGGACAUCUCACUGAUAUCCAAGGCUUUGUCUCGUCGGAUGACACCAAUGAGCUGAUCGUAGCGUCUGUGAGAGGAUCUCAUUCGAUUCGCAAUUGGAUUGCCGAUCUUUCUUUCAUACCGCUUCCUUGCGACCUCGUGGAUGACUGCUUAAUCCACACUGGCUUUCUUCUGUCAUGGAAAGAGAUAGAAGAUGACAUGCUGGACGGUGUGGCAGCGGCUAAGAAAGCCAACCCUUCUUACAAGAUCAUUUUCACAGGACACUCGCUGGGUGGGGCUGUAGCCACAGUCGCUGCCGGCUAUGCCCGAGAUCAGGGCUAUGAACUCGACCUCUACACCUACGGCAGCCCACGUGUAGGCAACCAGGCCUUCGUCGAUUUCGUUACAGCCCAGCCAGGCGGCGAGUUCCGCGUGACGCACUUCGACGACCCGGUCCCACGUCUACCUCCCAUCGCCGUCGAUUACCGACACACGAGCCCGGAGUACUGGCUAUCCGACGAGGGCGGCAACAGUACUAUAUACGCGGCCUCGGAUAUCAAGGUGUGCGAGGGCUUUGCGAACACUGAUUGCAACGGCGGCACCAGCGGGCUGGACAUUUCUGCCCAUUUACUCUACUUCGACCAUAUCAGCGGAUGCGGCCCGGACGGUAUCGCUUUCAGGAGGAGAGGUGGCCAGAGAGACGUCUCGGACGAGGAACUACUCGCGAAACUAAACGACUGGACGGCACAGGACCGCGAGAUCGCGGCGACGCUGUAACAGUAAAUUUUUCUUUUCGUUUGGGGUUUAGUCCCACUCUUUGGUAGGAUAUUUUGGGUUUGGAUACGAAGCAGCGUGGCGUUGUAUUCUGUAGGGGAGGGUUCACUUGCAUGGGGAUGGCGUAAUUGGGCAUAUUAACCGGUUGAGAUCUAUCAGGGGUUUUAGACGGGUCUGGAGUGUGUU